CUCGGCCUGGCCUAUACAAGUGAUAAAAAAACUACUCGGAGGUGUUUGAAAACAAAAAAGGAGGAAAAAUGUUAAAUAUUUAAAUGCGAGGGUGUCGUUGAUUAAACAGUGCUGAUAUCGAAAUUAUGCGAGUUGCGGCAAUCACUUGGCUUUUCGUUACUUUUCUUAUCAUUUUCGCAGCCUUUAAUGAUGCAGAAGAACUGAACGUCAAGUGCGUGCCAAAGACUCGAUUCAAAUUUUACUGCAACACUUGUUGGUGCUCCGAAGAGGGAAUCACGAGGCUCUGCACGAAGAAAUAUUGCCCGGAAAAUAUCUUCAAUCGUGAUGGUUCGUUGAAGGCACCCAUAAACAUUCACGACAAAUUGAAGGUUUCUCCGUUUAGUGUCGACGAUGCGUAUUACUAUACCUGA